AUGCGGCCGCUGGCAUCAAAACCGGUGUUUUGCAGGCGUUUUUGUCUGUUUUCCCGACCACUUGGUUCUUUUUCAGCUUUUAAAGAGGGUACUCUCACAAUCCUUGUUUUUAAACGUUUUAAGGCAAAUUUUAAAAGUUGUGGUAUUGAGCGAGGAAUUUGAGCUGCUAGCUUAUCAAAAGUCUGCAAUGUUUCCUUGUAUUGUUUGCUUUUUAUUUCAUUCACAAGCACUUUCUUAACAUUAUCAUUUCAUAAAUCGAAAGUAAUGAAAAUUUAAAUAAAAUAAUGUUAAAAAGAGACCUUUUUUGCUGCAAACCAAUAAAAGAUAUUUGUUUCAGAAAUGAUCUUGUCAGACAUCAUGAUACUUAUUCCGAGCCAUAAGCGUUAAAGGCAUUUCGAUUAAAGGAAGCUGGAGCCAGUUUAAUUUGAUUUGUUGUUGUUGUUGUUGUCUUAACAGUGCCAUCAACUCACCCACCUACCCUUCCAACUCCUUUUCCGACGCAUCACAUGGCACUUUACAACGAGUAUGUGAAACUUAUCGUUUCGGUAACUGGCCUUAAUUGCCUUUUAAAAUGUUUGCAAGAUACAUGAUCUAGGGCGUUAUAUUUCCAAUACUUUCUUUGCUUUUAUGAAAUUGACUUGUUUCGAACGGUUGACUUUGCUGAACUCGACUAAUUGAAACAGUGUGUGGUGAAGGUGGUCAGUUGUUCUGUCGUACUUUGAAAUAUACGUAGCACUUUAUAGUACCUGUCGCAUUUUGCAAUACCUGUCACACUUUGUAAUAAAAUUGUCGCAACUUUUUGAUAAAAAGCUGUCGCACUUUGUAAUACCUGUUGCACUUUGUCAUAACAUCUUUUCGCAACUUUCUAAUGAAAUAAAGUCGCAACUUGUAAUAAAAAAAGCUGCCACACUUUGUAAUAACAUACGUCGUACUUUGUAAGAAAAAAGCUGUCGUACUUUGUAAUAACUCUUGUCGUACAUUGUAAUGAAAAAGCUUUCGCACUCUGUAAUAACUCUUGUCGUGCUUUGUAAUAAAAAAAGAUGCCGCACUCAGUAAAAAAACUCAGUACAGAUGGUCGGAGGGCAAGUAGACCCAAUCACAACCAACAUACUUGUCAAUAACAAUAAUGAUGACAUAAAUAAUUUAUUAUAAUUAUCAUUAUAAUUAUAAUUAUUCAAUCAACACCAUAAUUUUAAUUGUUACUAUUAUUGUUCUUAUUAUCAUUGUUAUUAUUAUUAUUAUUAUUAUUAUUAUUAUCAUAAUUAUAAAUAAUGACGAGCAAGGUGGCAACCAACCUGCAAUGGAACAAGGGAUAUAAUGUAGAAACAUAAUAAUUAAUUAAGGGUACGAAUGGGAUGAAUGAAACUUCAAACCUCACCAAAGAAUCAGGAAAAUAAUUUCAAAGUAAAAGGACUUGGAAAUAAAAAUCGGUUGAUUGAAUGUGACGGUAGUGAUGGGUAAUCUUACCGUUUAAGAAAAGGCUACUAAUUAGUGAAAGUCCAGUGAUCCCAGAAAAUGUUGCAGGAAAUCUAGGAAACAACUUCUGCAAGAGCAAGUCUCGCGGGAAAGUUCUUAUUCAUCAAGUGAUGUGAAGAAAAGAUAACGUGGUUUCUGUUUGGUCUUGACUUUGUGUCCUUAAUGAUACAUACCAACAAUAUAGUACAAAUUUUCCCACGCCUGUUGUUUAGUUUGGUGUGAAUUCUAAUACCCAAAAAUCUAACCUAAUACUGCGAAAAAUCGAUAUGUAGGCUUUUGCAAUUACAUUACUGCAUAGUCAAGCUGGUUGUCAAAUUUAUCUUACUCCUUAUGAUUUGAUCUAUAUUAGCGUGUAGUAGUUUCGGCAAAACAAGGGAAAGGAAAAUAUUUUCACCCAUUAAGUGGUUUCCGAGGCUUAUGAAACCCUGUUAUUGCUGGUACAAGGAAAGUUUAACACGCCCGUAACAGCACGUAAUCGUGAAGCGCGUUAUUGGCGAAAUCGCGAUUGCUUUCAUCUUGGCCUCAGGAUACGCCAACCCUGUACUUUGAUGACAAAAAGGUGGUGACGAAGUCAACUAGAGCAAGUCUUUUUUUGAAAGCGUUUGAAGACGCAAAGUCUAGUAGAUGCAAAAAAUUGUGAAAUCGAGCUGCUGGUUAUGUAGGUCUGAGUGAAAGUAACAUUUUGCGAGAAAUAGACGGCAAAGUGAAGUAUCGAGUACAUAAGUUUACCAGUAAAACUACUCCGAGACCAGUCACUGUAAAAUCUGUACUAGCUCAGCAUCAAAAUUGGUCUAACGGACCUGAGUAG